AUGCGAAUGGGGUGUUUUACCACUAAACUAAACGCCCGUUUGCACAAGUUUCCCUCCUUAGUUAGCAACGCUAGCUGCUUUUACAAACACCUUCGUGAGAAUUCACCGCUUCAACUACAGUCAAGUUUACACGAUGGGACAGCCAUACUGUAUACCCUCCCUAGGGGUGGGAAGCGCUUCUCCUCUCCUUUCCUUUCCAAUUUCUAUCUUCUUUACGCUCUCUCCAUAGCCAAAAUCCUAGAUGCAAUGGGUAGGAAGAUAGAUCCUGAAGAGAGGGCCCGAAGGCUUCAAAAAAAGGGGUUUAACCCUGAUAAAGGCUCUCUUAGGCGAGAAAGGUACAAAGCGCGGUUACGAUACUGCCAGAUAUCUAUGGCAAGAGUAAGUGGCUGGUACUGCCAGAGCAACGGUGCUAAAGAAGAUGAUAUCUUUAACCAGGAAACCAUAAAGCAUUUCAUUAUAUAUAUGGCGACUGGUGUCGAGGGGCAAAAGGACGGUAAACCUAUGGAUUCAGGCGAACUUGACGCACAUAUACCUAUAAACCGUGAGCGACAUGAGAGAAAUUACGUUACUCUGAUUCAUUUCCAGAAUCUACUACGGCAGCUGUGGGAGAAUGACUGGCAUAUUUUUCAGUUCCCAAUAUACCGGGUGUAUCUAUCUUGCCUCCUGAAGGUCUGCAUAUAUUCGUCCGGGAGGGUGGGCGAGUUUGUUGAAUCGAGCGCGCGGACUGGCUCAAACAGAGGGCUUUUUGUUGAGAAGGAUAUAACUUUUUUGGUAAUCCGCAACCAUAAAGGUAUGCCGGAGCUUAUUUUUACCCCUAGACGUGACGCGAAGGGAGGAUAUUGGCUCGCUUCCUCUCUAAAUCCAGUCCUCGAGCCAUUAGCAAUAUGCCUCGCCCGUGGUUUGUUUCGUGACUACAAAACGGCAGAUAAGAUCUUCGCAAUUAAUCCCCCUCCAAGCUCCUCGUGUAUCGAGUUGGUGUUGCGCACCCCUCCUAAUCAAUUAUUUAAGAAGGAGUCUUGCUCCGGAGAGGAAAACUUACACGUUAACUCUAACCAUCCUAAGAUACAACAAUCGCCAUUCUAUAAGAGUUUUACUAGCCAGGGGUUAAUAGGGAGGACUAUUAAGUCCAACUGGUUAUUAAAGCAUCUAUCCCUUCUAGGACGCCGAUCAGGAUAUAAUAGAUUAACUAUCCACGACUUCCGUGCAGAGGCCUUGAUGGUAGCCGACGCAAAUGGCUACUCGCAGUCCGAUAUGUUGAAAUUUGUUUGUUUUAUCUGCAACGAGUGGAUUAUAGGUCGGGUAGCCUUUGAGAGCCACUGCCGGCACCAUCUCGACUACCCUAACACCAUAUCUAUCCAGGCGCUAGUAGUCACAGAGCGUCUAGAGCCCUUUUUGACCCAGGCAUCCUUUGCAAACCACAUGCGGGGCCACUAUCGAGCGUUUGACGGGAUUUCUCCCUUAGAAUGUGGGUCACUGCACUAUCCCAAUGUGGUAUUCACCUCCGUCCUUGACCUUCAGUGUCAUUAUCAUGACGUCCACUAUAUACCAAUACCGAAGGCACCCGCCUGCUGCGAGCGAAAACGUGGGGACCAUCCAACGAUGACAUCUAGGCCUCACCCUGAGCGAAAAUUCAACAAUAUCACUCCUGAAAUAUUUAAGCUAGAGUUAACAGGAUCUCCCAGAAAACGUCAGCGCUAUAUGGGUAGACGUUCCACUUCUUCGCUCCAAGAUACUUCAGAUUCUGGAUAUAAAUUGAGUGACAGUUCAUAG